UCAGUAAACGUUGGGACUCCAUUCCAGUGAAGGCUCCCUGAGCCUCGCAUCCGCACCACUCGCAUCCUGAACAGCUGUCUCCUGUGACAACUUCACCUGCUUUACAAACAAAAACAACUUGACCAUGAGCGGGGAUCAUGGGCACGGAGACUCUCAGGUCAAUUGUGGAUCUAAAGGAAGCGACACUCACAAACAUAAGGACAAGCACAAAGACAAGGAACACAGACACAAAGACCACAAAAAAGACAAAGAGCGAGAGAAAUUCAAGUACAGCAACAGUGAACAUAAGGACCACUCUGAAAAGAAACACAGAGACAAAGACAAAGAGAAGCUGAAGCACAGCGACGGCAGCUCAGACAAGCACAGGGAAAAACACAAAGAGAAGAGGAGAGAAGAAAAGAUCAAAUCAUCCCACAUAGACAAGCCUAAAAAGGAGAAAGAAAAUGGAUAUGUAAGAGACAUGAGCCCUGCUGCCAUUAAGAGCGAGCCUGAAGAAGGCAAUGGCUUCUACUCCUCUCCACAACACAACAAGACCAAACAAGAAUAUGAUGAUGAAGAAUUCGAUUACAAGCCCAAAAAAGUCAAGACAGAACAUGACAAAAAGGCCAAAAAGAGGAAACAUGAGUACGAAGAAGACGAGGAGGAUGAGGACAUAAAGCCCAAAAAGAAGACAAAAGACAAAAAGGUGACAGAGGGAAAGAAAGCCAAAAAAGAAGAAGAGGAGAAAUGGAAAUGGUGGGAGGAGGAAAGAUAUACUGAUGGCUCCAAAUGGCGCUUCCUUGAACAUAAAGGUCCGGUGUUUGCGCCUCCGUAUGAACCCUUGCCUGAUAAAGUCAAAUUUUACUAUGAUGGUAAACCAAUGAAACUUAGUGCCCCUGCUGAAGAAGUAGCCACAUUCUUUGCCAAGAUGUUGGAUCACGAGUACACUACUAAGGACAUCUUCAGGAAAAACUUCUUUAAGGACUGGAGGAAGGAAAUGACUUCAGAGGAGAAGUCAAAGAUCACUGACCUGAACAAGUGCAACUUCAGUGAAAUGAGUGAGUACUUCAAGGCCCAAUCAGAAGCUCGGAAACAGAUGUCAAAGGAGGAGAAACAGAAAAUCAAAGAGGAGAAUGAGAGGACCCUCCAGGAGUACGGUUUCUGCAUCAUGGACAACCACAAGGAGAGGAUCGGAAACUUCCGCAUUGAGCCGCCAGGCCUCUUCCGAGGCCGAGGUGACCACCCAAAGAUGGGCAUGCUGAAACGCCGCAUCAGACCUGAAGACAUCAUUAUCAACUGCAGCAAGGACUCCAAGCACCCUAAACCUCCCCCAGGGACAAAGUGGAAGGAAGUUCGCCAUGACAACAAAGUGACCUGGCUGGUGUCUUGGACAGAGAACAUCCAGGGAUCCAUCAAGUACAUCAUGCUUAACCCUAGCUCCAGGAUCAAGGGGGAGAAGGACUGGCAGAAAUAUGAAACUGCCCGACGGUUGAAGAAGUGUGUGGAUCGCAUCCGUAGCCAGUAUAGAGACGACUGGAAGUCAAAAGAGAUGAGGAUCAGGCAGAGAGCUGUGGCACUUUAUUUCAUAGAUAAGCUUGCACUGAGGGCGGGUAAUGAAAAGGAGGAAGGUGAGACUGCAGACACAGUCGGCUGCUGCUCGCUGCGGGUGGAGCACAUCAAACUGUACCCCAAGAUGGAUGACCAGGAGUACGUGGUGGAGUUUGACUUCUUGGGAAAGGACUCUAUCCGCUACUAUAACAAGAUCCCUGUGGAGAAGAGGGUAUUUAAAAACCUGCAGUUGUUCCUGGAGAACAAGCAGCCUGAAGACGACCUCUUUGACAGACUGAACACUUCUAUUCUGAACAAGCACUUACAAGAGUUGAUGGACGGCCUGACAGCCAAGGUCUUCCGUACCUACAACGCCUCAAUCACGCUUCAACAGCAGCUCAAGGAACUUACCAGCCCUGAUGACAGCAUCCCAGCUAAGAUUCUGUCAUACAACCGGGCCAACCGCGCAGUGGCCAUCCUCUGUAACCACCAGAGAGCUCCACCCAAAACAUUCGAGAAGUCCAUGCAAAACCUUCAGACCAAGAUCGACGAGAAACAGAAUCAGCUAUCCGCAGCCAGGAAGCAGCUGAAGGCUGCCAAGAGUGAUCACAAGGCUUCCCAUGAUGACAAGAGCAAAAAGGCUGUGGAGGUGAAGCGUAAAGCUGUACAGAGGAUAGAGGAGCAGCUGAUGAAGCUCCAGGUGCAGGCCACAGACAGAGAGGAGAAUAAGCAGAUCGCUCUGGGCACCUCCAAGCUCAACUACCUGGAUCCACGCAUCUCUGUUGCAUGGUGCAAGAAAUGGGGUGUUCCCAUUGAGAAGAUCUACAACAAAACCCAGAGAGAGAAGUUUGCCUGGGCAAUCGACAUGGCUGAAAAGGACUAUGAGUUUUAAACACACUUAGUGUUUUUACCUUUUCUACCCAUGCCUUUGAUAAUACAGAUGGUUUUUAGCUGAUGUCAAAUGAUUCCACUGUGUGGUUACUGCAGGGCUGUGAAGGAGAAAGCAAAUACUUUGUUUGAGCCAUGACCCAGGUUACUUAUUGUGUUGUAUAUAACGAUUGGUUGUGAAUAUAGUAAAAUAAACUCCUCAGUCAUUUGACCAAGCUGUCAAACGGCAUCUCUCUCUUUUAAAAAAAAUUACAGUAGUGUGUAUGUAGCUGCAGCUAUCUGCCCAUGAUCAAACACCUGUGAACAUGUUAGUAUUAUCUUUUGUCAGAUACAACUGUGCUGAAAUUUUUAAGCCAUCAGAUUUAUUGAGAAAUUCUAUAUUCUCAUAGAAUAAUGAAUUGCUAAAUGUUUGUAUGGGAGACUGUGAGAAACAACACGAGAGAGGUAAUAAAAGGAUGAAUUUCAAUUUGUGAAAUUUUUAUGUGAAAGAUAGAUACAAUAAAAUGAGCCUGACAGACUGAUGACAGUGUGAAGAGUAGAAACACUAACACUAUGCUCAUAUAAUUAUUAGCACACAGAAUGUCAUCUUUUUUUCCCAUUUAGUUUGAUUUUGCAGUUUAUUUCAGGGAUGUACAUAUUUUUGUCAUUUUUCAGUCAUCAUGAUUCAGUGUUUUUAUAAAAUAUUUGCUGUAUGCAUUGUCGACAAAAAGCUCUUCAUUGCUCAUAUGCAACCAGUGUGUGUCUGUGUCCACAGUUUUUUCCUCUUGGUUACUUGAAACAGCUGAAGUACAGAGUGCGUCAUGUGUGUUAAGCGCUAAGAGAGACUGUUCUUUCAGACUUUCUAAGAGGGAUGUGGAUUUUGCCAAAAAAAAAAAAAAGAUCACAUAAGUCUAUCAUUGUAGUGUGCUGUUUUUUGUAUUGCUGUGAUUAAGCUGAAAGUGUCUUCUUUGAAUAAAUUUCCAAAUGUGAAUGGA